UUUCAGUACAGAAGCUCCCCAGAAGGCUUCAUCCACAACCGAAUCGAGCUUGCGGCAAAGAACGAAGCCAUGGACCGCACCUACAAGGGCGGCAUCAAGGCCUACUGGAAGCGCCGCGGUUACUACCGCCUCGAAGCUGCCGCUGCUCAGCGCCGCCCGCCGCUCCCCACCGCUGAGCUCGGCGGCGGCGGCGGCACUGCGCAGCCGCAAAAGGGCCCCGGCCGGCGCCGCCGCGGGUGGCGCGUGCGCCGCGGCCUCGGUCGGCGUCUGCUCCGCGCGCUCUCGCCGCGGCGGUGGCUCGUGCGCCUCCGCGACGCGUACGUGUCCGCCAUGCUGCGGCUCGCGUUCUCCCCCGUCGUCGGGUACGGCGCCGGCGCGCCCUACUGCGCUGCGACGACCCACGGGGCCUUCGCGCGGCCGCCGCAGCUCAAGGAGUACAACGAGAAGGUGCUCGUCGAGAUCUACAGGUCCAUACUCGCGCGCGGCGGGGCCCUCACAGUCACCGGCGACGGCGCCAGUACCGGUGCGCCUUCCGCCGCCGCCACCCUACGGCUACCUAUGGCUGCUUGAUUAGCGAAGAUGUAUUCUUGCUUACAGUAUUUCUCAGGACUCGAACUACUUGUAAGUUGUAACUUUCAUGCGUCUCAAAGCUUUUCUUGUUCGUAAAUCACGGUUUCUGUUCUUGCUCACUUCAUCCAUAAAUAUAUCUUUGGAAUCGACAA